AUCGCGCAGCAAAUGCCUCUAAAGAUGUGGACCUUUGAAACGUAUUUUAUGUAGGUCCCAUGGAUUAGCCCUUCACGGCGCACAAGAGUGACAUCGCGAGCAAGGCGAUGCGUUGUUCAGCCACUGUGUCGCGUCUAUCGAGUGCUCACUUCUAGCUUGCCAAUUUCUCGGCAAAUAAGAGGAUCUUCUGCCUGCUCAUUAAUUCCAUAAAGCUACUUUGCUUUGCUGUCCUGUCUCGCACCCGCCUAUGCUGAGCAAAGGUAGUUCGUUAACCCGCUUCUGUAUUCGCGAUUAAUGCUUUAUCUGUCGAGGCACGCAAUCCUAUUCACUGCCUCAUGGAACGAUUGAAGAGGGUGGCGACCAGCGCUAUCACGUACCCUGUCCGGGAAUAUCGCAAGUUCAGGGACUAUCGUCACCAGCGGAUCAACGACGCUCCCAUAACAUGGAACCUGAGUGCCUGGAAACGUCUGCAUCCAUCCCUUCGACAGGGCUAUAAAUACUGUCUCGUCAUCGUAGCCAGUAUCUGGGCGCUUGUUCUCGUCUUUUCGGUAUGGCUUGCGACUGUUCACGAGGCACAGGCUGGCUUGGUUUAUACCCUUCAGACCGGCAGCUGCUCGGCUGCCCAGAAUAUCAACUUCUGGGUUCACCUAGUGGUCAAUGGUCUGGCUUCAACCUUGUAUGCCAUCUCUUCUUAUAUCAUGCAGCGGCUGGCAGCACCGGGGCGGGAGGACAUUGAUAGGGCGCACGAUCCAGCUGUUGAGAGGCCGAUGAAGAUUGGAUCGCUCGCUUUCACCAACUUUAUAGUGCUCAGCAAGAAACGACUCUGCGUAUUCUUCCUACUUUGGGCGAGUUCGCUCCCACUUCAUCUGUUGUUCAACUCUGUCAUCGUCUACACCUCAACGAACGCAGAGUGGCCAAGCCAUGUUUAUUUGACUUCCGAGGAGGAGUUCAAGUCUAUAGUCUCCAGAACCCCAACUUCUGCCGUUUCUGGGGUGCGACAGUACGAUGAGAUACCUAAAGUUGAACUUGGAGAGGAUGAUGAUCUCUCUAAAAGCCUUGCACUAGAGGCGCAAGCAUUAUUUCACCAACAACCACCCAUGAUUGAUCUCAGGCUCGAUGAAUGCAUUGACACGUUUGGUUCUGGGUCCAGUGAAACCUGGGGCGACGUCAUCCUCGUGCAUAGCACCAACAACCAAUACUCUGGAAGUUAUAGAUUGAAGAGUACCCUUCAUAGCAAAAGCUACCUUCCUGCUGCUGACGAAGAUCCAUGGCAAUGGAUGUGUGGGAGUAACAGGUUUCGUAACGUAACGUGCGAUGCGAAGAAAAUCUUGGAUAGUGGCCGUUGGAUGGUAAAUGAUUUGGUCAUAUCACGUUGUCUUGCACGCAAGCUUCCGGCGCUCUGUGAAUUGAACGCGAGCCUCGCAAUCCUGAUCGCCGUGUUUGCAGCUGUCUCAGUCAAGCUCAUUGCUAUCGUCUUUGCAGUGGUGCUUGGGCGCACCCAGUCACUUCUGACGAUCGGAGACGCAAUUGCCUCGUUUCUUGAAGAGCCCGACAAGUAUCUACCACCGCUAAGAAGGUCUCAGUUGACAUACCGCAGUCGUCGAAGAAUGGUGAUGCUAGAGAUGAGGGGGGCAUUUUUGGCUGCGGCCAUUUUCGGCGCCGUUGGCCUGUCUUUAGCAUGGUGGUUCUUCGCUUUCGUAUUCCACGAAACGUCAGCUGCUUUCUCUCUUUCGAAGACACCCUUCGAUUUUGACGCUAUGCUCCGGUACGGAUUCGGGAAGAUGCCCAGCCGGUGGUCGGAAACCUUGAACCAGCACCUCUUAUCCUACUCGGCUGCUGAAGACCCUUACUUCACGUACACCAGUGGAGCCGUGUUGGCGAACCUGCCACAGCUUGCACUAAGUGCCUUUUAUCUGGUCUUCAACAAUUAUGUCACGCGACUGUUCGUUGCGCUCGAGUUCCGCGCUUACUCUACUCGUCGUCGAGGGCUCCGGGUCAGCCAGCCUGUUAAGCACACCAAGCAGCGCCGAGCAUAUUUUCUCCAGAUACCGCUCAGAUACAGCCUACUCAAUAUUGCACUCUUUGCGCUGUUGCACACAUUUCUUUCCCAGACGUUGUUUUUACGCAGAGUAUACGCCAUAUACCCGCAGUCGUUCGAUGGCUCUGAUGAGAUCGGAAAGAAGCUCCUUCCAAUGAUCGGAUACUCGCCUGUGGCUGGCUUUGCUUUCGCCGUGUUGCUGACAUCCUUGGUUCUUGCAGGGGUUGUUAUAGGGUUGACCCCUUUAGACUGGAGGAUGUUGGACACUAGCGGAGACUCACUGGCAAUUGGCCAAGCCUGUCACCCCCCGGAGGGUUCAUGCAAGACUCAUGAGGGUGCAAUAAGGUGGGGAGUGACGAAUAGAUGUGAAGAUGGUAGUGUUAAGUGCUCUUUCAGCCUACUGCCAGUGCGACCUCCGGAUCUACAGGAAGUCAUAAAAACGCGCGCGCGCGUAUCGAGCUGAAGAGAUAAUGCCAAUUGAUGGAUUUUGUUUUUACAGGUGUCUUAACCGGAAAUUGCCACGUACGAGAGAGUUGUGACUGGCCAGCAUCGACACUUUGGGUCUCCUUGCUCAAAGCCCUAAUAGGCCCAGACUCUUGACAGGCAAUUUGGAAGAAGCGCUAACCCAGAAUGCUGAUAAUGAGCGGUCGCAACCCAUCGCACACACGUAAACAUGUGUAUGAAACCACAGCU